AUGUCUAUUCCUGGGACUGUAUCAGGCUCAAGAUCAAGUCCGGCAACUGGAACUGGAACGGGAAUGAACCAGCUCUUAUCCUUGGCGUCUUCUUCGCAAGUGAACUCCCUUCAAGAUCUUUGUAGUGCUUCCAACGGUUCUGCUUACACAGUCAUUAACAACCCGGUAUCCUUGAACAAUCCGUCUCUUGGUAGGUUGUUGGAGUAUUUGGGUGGGAAUGCUCCUUCCUCAUCAAACUCAGUUAAAGCGAAGCUAAGCAAAGUACUCAAAACAAAGAAAAAGGAAAUUCAGAGCGAAGCGGAGCUUAUUAAGGAGCUGAAUAGCUGGAUAAAUGUUCUUCCAAAUAAAGAAAGUGCAAAGCUGAUCUUUGAGUAUGCCAGAUCGUUGGAAGUUAUGGUAAAGCUCCAAGAAGAAAUGCUUCAAAAGUAUGAAAACAUUUCCCUUCAACUCGGCUAUGUCGACAAAAGAGAGAGGAAGGCCAACGCCCUGAAAGCACAGAGAAAGAAAGAACUCCGUUCCUUGAGACAGAAGGAAAGUCGAACCACCGAAAACCAAACAAUUAUCUUUUAUAGAGAAUCGAUUGAGUGUUUGAAUACUUCCAUUGAAGUGGUUCAAGAGCAGUAUGUUCGAACAAUCAACAAUGCUCUGAAAGGUAGUUUCAUCGACUUUCAUAUAUUCUUGCGGAACAUGUCAACUGAAAUCAAAAAUAGUUCCAUUGGCUUUUUCAAGUUCCUCAACGAUGGUUCUUCCAGGAACUACCAGAGAUAUAUCACAGCUAAUGAUAUGAAACCAGCAUUACGCAUGGCAUCCACCUCUUCGUCUAUCGUUCAAGGUGAGAAAACAGUGUCACCUAAUCCUUCUCCUUUGCACCAUAAUUUGGAAAUCAAAAGAAACUCCAACAACAACCCAACAUUACUAACUCUUCAGAAUAACUCUGUAGAGAAUAUUCUCAAAGACCCAUUAGUUGAGAGGCCUCAAGCAAGAGCAGUAUCCAGCAUAUACCAUAAUCUUGUACCGGAUCUUAGAAAGCUGAGCCAUAAUAGAGAAAAACGAAAAGUCCCUGAGUCCAAAGAUUCAGUUUCAAAUGACAACCAUUGGCUAUAA